CGUUCCAGAAUAAGGUACCAACUAAACUGUCUUCGAAAUCAACAACAAUAACUUUUUCUCUCUCUCUCUGACUAUGGCUGCUAUUCAUGAUGAUGGUCAAGUUGGUUUUGAAGAAGGAAUGCUAUGGUUACCCUCUCAUGUUCUGGACGAGGCAUGCGACACUAAGGUAUGUUUGAGGAACCGCCACCAAAAGCUCCAAAACCAUCAGCAAAUGCAUCAGAAGCGUCAUCAUAAAUCACCUGGAGAACCAAAAUCACAGUACUCAAAAUCUGCGUAUCAAAGGCCAAAACUUGCCACCAAUGGUGGACCUGGAAUGCGAGCUAUUUUCUUAGGAUCCGGGCAUAGAUCAUGUGGCACUGGCGUAUUUUUACCCCAAAGAGCAGGCACAAACUUUCAACCAAGCAAGAGGCCAGCCUGUGCUCCUAUCCUCCUUCCAGCUCGAGUUGUUCAAGCUCUAAAUCUUAAUGUGCAAGCAUUAGGUGUGCUGAUUUCACCCCCGCAAGUUCAGAGAUAUAACCCGAGAUGCAGAGAAGCAUACAAUAAUAAUUCAACAGAAAAGAAAAGUGAUCAGAAAGAUGCGUCCAAGCAAUGUCGUUUUAUUUCUCAAAACGAAUGUUCUUCUCCAGAGAUAUUUCUCCCAAAGGAAUGGACUUACUAGCAAGCUUCUCAUUUUCAAAGAGAAAAAUUAAAUUUGAGAAGCACACAUAGGGGAGUUAACAUAGGACCGUGCAUAUAAAUAAAAUAAAAAAUGAAAACCAUGCUUUAUGCUGAAUGCUGAGAUGGUUUAAAAGUGCAAUUAAUUUACUGCUAGCUGUUCUGUUAGAUUCUUUGAUAAUGUAUAGGUGUAGUUUUGCAAUAAUAGAUUAUUAGCAACCUAAGUCUCAACUCUCAAGAGUCAAGAGGGUCUUGUUUGUAAUUGCCUGCUUCAGUAUUAAUAUAGUUAUAUUCAGUGGUUCUCAUUGAUAUUACAGUAAGUA